AUGAUGCCCUGAAACAUGACUGCAAGCCAAGUUUCUCUGUUGAACUUUCAUGUUUUCAAGUUUUUGUUUUCUUAUAGAAUGUUAACUUUCUUUUGGUUUGGUAUUCAACAGACAGGAAAAUCGAAGCACUUUGGUUUCAUCGAAUUUGAGUCUCCAGAGGUGGCAAAAAUUGUGGCUGAAAGUAUGCAUAACUACCUACUUUUUGAGCACUUGUUGCAAGUUGACCUUGUUCCUCCAGAGCGUGUUCAUCCAAAAUUAUGGAAUGGUGCUGAUCGUAUAUAUGAGCCAUUAAACUGGACGCAAAUUGAGCGAAAGCGCCAUAACAAGGAAAGAACACUGGAAGAACAUAAAAAGUUUGUGGAAAGGAUCCUGAAACGAAGCCAGAAGCGGAAAAAGAAGAUUGAGGCUGCUGGAAUUGAAUAUGAGUGCCCAGAAAUUGUGGGCAACAUUCAGGCUGCACCAAAGAAGAUCAAGUUUGAUGAUGAGGAGAGUGAAUAGACCUCAGGUACCAUAACGAGAAAUGGAAAGGGAAGGGCUAUAUCGGUAACAGUCGGCUGUCAAAUUUCCAGUGUUAAGGAGAAAUUUUCCAUCAAGAAGCCAGGACAAUAGAAUUCAUAGAAUCAUCUAUUGCAAUUGGAAUCGUAUUAUCUGCCAAAUACCAAACACUUGGCUUUGGAUCUGCAGAUGUUACUUAAUAUGGCAGGAGUAUAGAUAUUGUCGUACAUUUAUUUGAAUUUUGACAUAGUGGAAUUCUACUUGUUGAACAUGGAUGGAAAAUUGAUGCUUGGAAGGAUCAUAUAAAUUAAUUAUUUAGUUUUUCUCUUGUUUCUGGUUGAA